ACGUAAAAGAGUUGGCACUUUAGCAAAGACGCACUGGAAAAAUGAUUUCCCCAAGUUUCACACACCAGAAAGCAAGGCGGAACUGCUCGAGUUUGCARAAUCCAUUGAACAGGAUUGUGCCAUACCUGGCAUAGGUUUUGGUAUUGAUGGAAUAUGUGAUCACAUAAGAUCAUACUUUAGUGAGCAAAGAAGAUACAGUAAGUUCAGAAGAUCAUCUGAAGAAUCAAGUGAUUCAUCAUCAGCCAAUGGGGACACCCCUCCAGAGCCAAGAAUGGCCAUGGUUGCACCAGCUAGCCAAAAAAGAAAUGAUCAUUCUUUGGUUARUCACGAGGAUUCACAAAACCUUGAUGAUAGUGAUGCCACAAUGGAUUGCGAAACUGUACCACUUUACCCUUCAUCAGAUGAUGAAGAAGAACAGAGUGAAGUGCUUUUGGCCCCAUCAAGUCAGAAACACUUACCAGCACCACCAAAUAUUUUAUACAACAAGACAUCAUGUGGAGUUAUUCUAAAGAAAGUAUUGGGAACAAUCCCAGAAAGGGGACCUCUAAUUAAACUGUUAACAACCAAGUUCAAGGUACAAACAUCGAGUCUUACAGCCCUAAACUAUUUGGAAGUGUGUGAAGUGCUAAGUAGGAAGCUGGUAUCAGCAAAUUAUGUUCAGAUUAAAGCUGGUUCUAGAGAAACACUAAAGAAUUCGGAUAUAUAUGCAGUUGAGGGUAAACUCCAGGAAAAGAUUGCAGACCAAAAAUGGGAGGGACGAUUACUCAUGAAAAGAUGCGAAGAUGAAACACUAGAUAAGGAAGGAUGCUUUGCUUGGAUCAACGAGUGGCAGUGCGCAACGACUCACACCAUCUCAGGCCUAAUGGAGUUGUACGAACAGCUUCUUCCCUCUCGAACGUACACAGCUUAUAAGACCGGCACAUCGGAUCAGAGUAACACGACAUGUAGACUGUGGAAAAAGCCAAGAAAAUCUGGCGCAUGUGCUUUCUGGAUGUAG